AUGUUCAACCGUCCGAUGACCUUUUCCCCACAGCAACCCAUGCAGCAACAACAAUUCUUCCGAUACGAUCAGUUUCAACCUGGUGGAGCACCGCAGCAAUUCCCUCCAACCAAUAAUCAAUUCCAACAAAAUACCGUACAACAGGCACCACAGUUCGUUCCUCAGCAGUUCAUCAGUGACAAGCAACCGCCACCAAUUAAGAUAAACAACGAGAAGUUCCUUAACAGUGAAACCCCACGAAUCUUUGACAAGCAGUUCAGGGUGAAUCCAGACCCUGACGCAAAACGAAAUCCUCGCUCAACAGGCCCAACAAGGCGAUCCCCGGAUUCCAGUUCAACAUCGAGUAAGUGA